GAUGGAUUUUCCAGCUGUGACAGUCAGACACGUAUUGAGUAACAGCUCAUGAGGUUCUGCACAGUUCUAAAGUAAAAUUUAGAAAUUGAAAUCUAAAAUAUAGAUGCUAAUAAUGAAAAGCUGAUGCGUGUGUGUUUGUGUGGCAGAUUUUAAAUGCCGCUCUUUGUUCCUCUUUGGCUGUAACUUGUAACUUUUGUGGCAUUACCGCGAUUCUGUCGUCCAUGUGUUUUGCAAGUUUUAACGGAGGACAACACCAGUAAGUUUACUCAGCUUGAGAGCAUGAAUAAUGGGUUUCUGUUGUAAUUAUCACCAGAAAUUUCUGUAUCAGACCAACAGUAAUAAUUAACAUUUCCUGUCCAGCUGUCGUUAUAUCCCUGUAGAAGAAGAAGUUGGUUUGUGGGGGCAGCAGGGAAACUGCACACCGUGUGAUAAUUGCUAAAUGGUGCCGAGGAGCUUUAAGAGGGAGGGUGGAGCAGAGGGGCUGCUUUCUCUGGCAGGUUCCACCGCGCAUUGUUCCGCAGGCUCGGCCGCAAACUUGGCCAAGUGAAACGCAAUAAAUGAGACUCAGCUGAGAGCUGCAGCCUCCAGAUGGAAAUCUGGCUCCGGGCCCAUCUGCUCUCCGUGGAGCUGAUCUCCGAUCAGCUGAACCCAUACCGCACCAGGCUGACAUUAGCUGGAUCUUAUGCUACAUGUUAGGCUGCUGUUUGGAACCCUGUAUCCAGCGUACUACUCUUACAAAGCAGUGAAAACCAAAAACGUAAAAGAAUAUGUCCGCUGGAUGAUGUACUGGAUCGUGUUUGCACUUUACACAGUAGCGGAAACCAUCGCGGACCUCACUGUAGCCUGGUUUCCCCUCUAUUAUGAAAUAAAGAUUGCCUGUGUGAUCUGGCUCGUGUCUCCCUACACUAGAGGAGCCAGUGUAAUCUACAGAAGGAUCCUACAUCCUCUACUGACUUCGAAAGAAAGGGAAAUCGAUGACUACAUUGUUCAAGCUAAAGAGCGCAGCUAUGAAACAAUGCUUCACUUCGGCAAACAGGGCCUAAGUAUAGCAGCUACCGCAGCUGUCUCUGCAGCUGUCAAGGGCCAGGGUGCCAUCACGGAGAAGCUGAGAAGUUUCAGCAUGGCCGACCUUACCCAGAUCUCGCAGGAUGAUGGGGGCAGCGAGCAGUACUCAUCCUACUCCAGCUCCAAUCCAGCAAGGAGAGCAAUAGCCUCCACCCAGCACGACGGAGCCGAUUAUUACGAGGAUGCUGAGGAGGAGCGAGGUGAUGAUGAGAGUGAGGCUGUGUUCUCCGAAGACGAAGCCUUAACUCAGCGCGGCAUCAGGCGAUCUCAAAGCACCAAAGUCUCACGCUCCAAACUCCGCAAAGAUCCUCGUUAUGGAUCUCUGAAGAUUAAAGGGAGACGGAGGCCUGCACUGAACACCAUGACGUAUACCAGCACAGACCAGUGACUACUGACCCUGGAGAGCUUUAUCUACAGAAGUCUAAUGAGUGUUAAUGUUCUCCUCUCCUCUUAGCGGCUGUGGGUUCUUUCAUCUUUCAUGCCGAAAAUCCAGUAGGUUUUUAAUGCAGCAUCAACACUAUUUAUUUCUGAACUCCAGACUUACCCAAACGAUGCGACCUUGUACAUUUGCAAGAAUAUUGUAAGAAAAAAUGUAGAGUGAAAUUUUGUGCAUAAUGUAGAAGUUGUUGUAUGGCGUGGCCUAUUCUGAAUUUGAUAUUCAGUUUGGCUUUUAGUAUUUUAAAUUGUAUUUACUAUGUUUUCCAAAGUGUUCAAAGCUAAAGGUGAAUUCCUUUGGAGGUGGGUUUUUAUACUCCAGUGUCAUUUGUAUGUUUCUUAUGCUGCCUUUUGGUGUGGUGUGUUUUUUUUUUUUUUUAAAUAAUAGAUUUUUCCAAUUGCUGAUUAUCUAAAUCAUUGUGAUACCAACACACUUGAAUACGAUCAGACCAAAAGUGUCCUUUAUCAUUAAAGAAGAAAAUAAAGACGGUAAAGUAAUUAUGAAUAUUGGUGAUUUUACCAGGAUUAUAUAAAACCGUUUUUGCACAUUUAAAACUUUUAUGUCAUCUCAAUGGAGAAUGUAUUCUUGACUGGGAAAAGGACCACAUGCUGUAACUUCAUACCAAAGUGAUGUAAUCCACUACAUCUGGUGGAGGUUAAAUCUAGUUUAAGGUGUGUAUGUGCUUAACUGAAUGUUCCAUUCUAAAUUAAUGUCCUGGUGUGACUGAAUAAACUUUGUGAGUUUGCAGUUGAA